AUGGAAGGAAGACUAAAAGCCAUACGGGCCGGUAACAGAUCAGCGGUGACGAAACUUUUCGGACGAUUUUUGGACUUGAAAGAAAAUACAGCCAGUGAAGUAACGGAGGAAAUUGAAAUAAUCAGGAAGUCUCUAACGCAAAAAAGACAAACUCUACGAGAACUAAAUGAACGAAUAUUAGACGCCUUAUCUGAAGAGGACAUAGAAGAAGAAAUCACAAACACAGAUGAGUAUAUGUACGAAUUCGAUUGCAAAAUUAAGAAAAUAGAAAACUUUACAGAAAAGAUUUCAUGUAAAACUUUGAACGCCAGUGCUGAGUGUUUUGUACCCGCCUUAGAAAUUCAUGAUAGUAACAUAAAAACUUCAGCUGCAAUCAACUCAAGUGAAACGGCCUGUGAGAAUAUUUUAAACAAUUUUCCUGCCUCUGAUCUCGAUGAACAUAGUAACCACGAUUGGCAGAGAAAUGUUUUGUCAUUAAAAUCCAACCAGGUCACAAAUAAUUAUCGACUACCGAAACUAAAUCUUCCACAUUUUGACGGGGAUAUACUAGAAUGGAAUACAUUUUGGGAUUCAUACGAAUCAACAAUUCACCGCAACCAAACUUUAACACCAAUUCAAAAGUUUUCGUAUCUCAAGGCUCAAUUACGCGACGCAGCAGCACAAACCAUUGCAGGAUUUACUCUCACAAACGCAAAUUAUGAAACCGCCAUAUACCUGCUCAAGGAACGGUUUGGUCAACCGCAAAAAAUUAUCAAUGCACACAUGAGAGCACUUAUGGAACUGCAUGCCCCGAGAAACGACGCCAUAAGUUUAAGAAAUUAUGGAGACUGCUUGGAAUCUCAUGUCAGGAGUUUAGAGUGUCUAGGACAAAAACAAGAGAUGUACGGAGCUUUACUUAUUCCAGUCAUAAUCAACAAACUACCAGCUGAAAUCAGGAAAAACAUUGCACGUGAAUACGAUGGUGACAACAUUUCACUACACAAUCUUCGUAAAGCUAUCAGCAAAGAAGUCAAAAUCCUUGAAUCAGGCCAGAUUGAAAACAGCGAUGGAUUCCACUCAACAGCAAUGUUUCUUACCGGAGCCUCAAAGAAACAACGCUAUGUUCAUAAUGGACACAACCAGAAAACAAGAGAGUCAACUCCUUAUGUCGAAACAACAGAGAUAAAGAACCGCCCAUGCAUUUAUUGUUGCACAGAGAAUCACUUUCCUGGGGACUGUAAGAAAGUUACAGAAGUAAGUACAAGAUUCGACAUCUUAAAACGGAAGAAAUUAUGUUUCAACUGCUUAGGAAACCACCGCGCCGCAGAUUGUAAAUCCCGCAACAGAUGUAAAAAGUGCCAGAAGAAACACCACACAAGUAUAUGCGACAUGAAACUAACGAGGGACAAAGAAGAGCCCACCAGAUCAACAAGUGUCAACAUUGUAGAAACGAGCAAGAAGGCAGAAACCACAGUACUGAACGUUGAACAUCGACCUACAAACGUUUUAUUGAAAACAGCUAUCGCCCCGGUGAGUCAUGAAAAUCAGACAACCGAUGCUAAUAUCUUAUUUGACGAAGGAUCACGAAGAUCGUUCAUCACAGAAAAACUCGCCAAUGAGUUAGAAAUCACUCGAAGAAAAUCAGAAGCAAUUAAACUAUCUACUUUUGGGGGAAAUGGAAGUGUCCAGUAUCUAGAUAGUGCAACUAUCAAUUUGAUAACCGACUCAGGAGAAUUGAUUGCUAUCAAUGUUUUGAUAGUACCAUCUAUAGCCAGCCCUCUCACCAGCUACCACUCUUCUGAAGUAAAAAGACUGCCUUACCUUCAAGGACUCAAAUUAGCAGAUCCGGUUUCAAUUGACAGUGAAUUUGUGAUUUCCUUUCUAAUUGGAGCAGAUUUUUACUGGAGAAUUGUAGAAAAUCAAGUCAUCCGGGGAUCGGGACCAACUGCUGUGAAGUCAAAGAUUGGAUUUCUACUUUCAGGGCCAACUUCUCAAUCAUCUUGUACAAACAGUGCCAGGGAUCACAUCUAA